UCCGCCAAACAUGAGUUUCACGGUAGACCACCACUUCUUCGGCCCGGGCUCGUACCGCAAGGCUCGGCCCGCCUCUGUGUCCUCCAGCGGCUUCCACUCCCAGCGCCGGCGCCUCACCUACAGUCAGCCGUCCUCUGCCGAUAGCCUGGAAACCUUCAACGGCGACAUGACGAGGAGGAGCGAAAAGGAGAUCCUGCAGACUCUGAACGACCGCUUCGCCGGAUACAUAGACAAGGUGCGGAACCUGGAGAUGCACAACCGCAACCUGGAGGCGGAAGCGGCGGCUCUGCGGCAGAACCAGGCCGGGCGCUCCGCGGUCGGUGAGCACUACGAGCGCGAGCUGGGGGACCUGAGGGGUCUCCUGCAGCAGCUUACAGGGGAGAAAGCCCGCGUAGCUCUCGAGCACGAGCACCUGGAGGAGGACAUUCAGCACCUGAGGGUGAGGCUGGAGGAUGAAGCACGAAAUAGGGAGGAGUUGGAGGCUGCCGCUCGAACCAUGAAGAAGUACGUGGAGGAGUGCCGCCUAGCGCGGAUGGAGCUGGACAAGAAGCUCCGAGCCCUGGAAGAAGAGAACGCGUUUUUGAAGAAAAACCACGAGGAAGAAGUGGCGGAGCUCCUCGCGCAGAUUCAAGGUGCGCAGGUGAGCUUUGAUCUGCGAGACUCGCUGAAGACGGACGUCACCGCGGCACUGCGAGAGAUCCGCACGCAGCUGGACAGCCACGCGACCAGGAGCUCAACACAUGCCGAGGAAUGGUUUAAAGUGCGUAUGGAGCGUCUGACUGAUGCUGCGAGGUCAAACCAGGAUGCGAUUCGCGGGAGUCAGGAGGAGAUCGCAGAGUACCGUCGUCAGCUCCAGAGUCGCACCAUUGAGCUGGAGACUCUCAGAGGAACUAAAGAGUCCCUGGAGAGGCAGCGCAUGGAGAGUGAAGACAGACACCAUGAUGACCUAAACUCACUACAGGAGACGAUUAAUCAGCUGGACAACGAGCUGAAAACCACCAAAUGGGAGAUGGCGAGCCAGCUGAGAGACUAUCAGGAGCUGCUGAAUGUCAAGAUGGCUCUGGAUAUUGAGAUUGCCGCUUAUAGAAAGUUACUGGAAGGAGAGGAGAAUCGCUUUGUGUCAGGAGGAAGCCCAUACUCUUACCUGGAGGGAAGAUUCUCCACCCAUUUCAAAGUGAAAGGAGAGGAGAUCUCAGACACCGUUAUCGUGGAGGAACAGACAGAAGAGACCCAGGUGACAGAGGUGACGGAGGAGGCAGAGGAGGAGGAAGAGCAGGAGAAGAAGGAAGGUGAAGAGGAGGAGGAAGGUGAAGAAACCAAAGAGGAGGAGGAGGGAGAACAGGAAGAAGAGGAAAAAGAAGAGGAAAAAGAAGAGAAGGAAGAGGAAGAGGCAGAAGAAGAGAAGGAGGAAGAAAAAGGAGAGGAAGAGGAGGAGGAAGGAGAGAAAGAGGAGGAGGAGGAAGAGAAGUCAAAAUCUCCAGAAAAGGGUGCAUCCCCUCCUUCAAAGUCCCCUCAGCCUAAAUCUCCUGCUGUCAAAUCACCUCAAAAAUCACCAGAAUCUAAAUCACCAGCAGCUAAAUCCCCCAUGCCCAAAUCACCUGCAAAAUCCCCUGCAACAAAGUCACCCCCGUCUAAAUCUCCUGAAUCUAAAUCUCCUCGCCCUAAAACCCCUGAACCAAAGUCUCCAGAGAAGGAUAAGGCCAAGCCUGCUGCUCCAAAAGAGGAGAAAAAAGAGGAGAAGAAGGAGCCUGUCAAGGAGGAAAAGAAGGAGAAAGAGCAACCUGUGAAAGAGGAGGAGAAGAAACAAGAGCCCAAGGAGAAAGAACCAGAGAAGUCAGACAAACCCGAUACGAAGAAAGACACAAAGACAGAUGAUGCUUCAAAACCUGUAGCCCCCAGCCAUCCAGCAGAGGACAAACCUGCCCCCAAGUCUGAGCCUAAAGACAGCUCUCCCCCUGCUAAGGAAGAGAAACCCUCUGUGCCUAAACAAGAAAAGGCCGAGCCUGAGGUAAAGCCUGCUUCCAAACCGCAAGAGAGCAAGAAGGAGGAGAAGAAGCAGGAAGAGAAGAAGCCGGAGGAGAAGGCAGCACCUAAAGCUGAACCUGAGAAAGCAGAGAGCAAGAAAGAUGAGAAGAAGCCAGAAGAGAAGAAGGGGGCUAGUAAAGAGGAGAGUAAGGAGGCAAGGGAAGGAGGAAAGGCAGAGAAAUCUUCUGGUACUGAGUCUAAGGAGAGCAAAGAGGAGAAAGGCAAGAAGUAAGAUGGAAAUGCUGCUUUCAGGGCACCAGGAGACAAGGAGAUGCCAAAGAACUAUGAAUGCAGAGCAGGAGAAAGGGCAUCGUAAUGUCCUAAAUAAAGCAGGUGAUGGUAUGUAAGCAAUAGUGAUUUCUGUAGCAAAUAAUCCCCUGCUCCUUAAGUAUGGCCACUAUUCCCCAAACCCCCCCGACAUCCCUCAUGAUGCUUCUGAUGUAUGACUGUAGUGAAUGCAGAAUGCUCCAAAGUCUUUAUCUGAAUGUGACAACUGCCCUUAAUCAAAAACAAGUGCAUUUAAACUGAAUCCCACUGACGGGGACCGCAGAGGCCUGCUGUACCUACAAGAGCCUUCAAGGGUAGAGAUGUCAAAGCUAAAGAUUGUGACAGAUAUUAUAUUUAAAAAUGUAUAUUUAAGCAGAUACAAAUGUCUAAUAUAUUUACUGAUACAAGAGUAAGAAAGACUUGAAUUUUUGCUUUUCACGCACCUUAAACGCAGCGUCUCACUCCUGUGGUCUGCAAUGCUAGGACAAUGAUGACUGUGCUAUGUAUAAACUGCUGAGAAUAUGCAAUAUGAA